UGAUGAGUAGAUAAGCGAAUUCAUAAGAUUAUGAUUGGUUGGUUAAGGUUAUUGUGAUUGGAGAUUCAGGAGUUGGUAAGACAAAUAUCUUGUCUUAAUUUUGUGAUGCAAAGUUUUCGAUAACUCAUAUGGCCACUUUAGGAGUAGAUUUUAAGAUCAAGACUAUUGAUGUAGAUGGGAAGAAGCUGAAAUUGUAAAUUUGGGACACUGCAGGUUAAGAGAGAUUCAGAAAUAUAACAAAAACUUAUUACAAGGGAGCUUAAGGAGUAGAAAUAAUUAUUAAGUGUAGGUGAUCUUAUCAUAUAGUGUAAUUGAUAGACAAUCGUUUUAGAAUGUGGAUGGAUGGUUGAGGGUAAGAAAAAGUUAAUUAUGAUAAAGUCAAUACAAGAGAAUACGAAUUCGAGCGAUGUACAAUUGGUAUUGGUUGGUAACAAGGCUGAUAUGUCUGCAGAAAGAUAGGUUACAUUAGAAGAAGGCAAGAAGUUGUCAUAAUAAUUUAAUAUUCCAUUCUUUGAGACUUCAGCUAAGAGCAACUUGAAUAUCAAUGAAACUUUCCAUAAUUUGGCUUAGAGAAUCAUUUAAACUCUAUCUAAGAUGUAAGCUAAUGAUGACAAAUAAAACCUCAAUUUAAAGACACCUUAACCAAAAGAUAAACCUAAAAAUGAGGUAUUAUAUAAAGAUUUGAUUAAUAGAGCUGUUGCUGAUA